GCAGCGUCAAUAGAUCAGAACGCACCUUUUACCUCGUGCCAUUAUAUAGAUUAAAUGCUUGUUGUGAAUAAACUUCAUUCUCCGAGGCAAAAUGAAAAAAUCCAUUAAAUUAUUACAAUUUGUCAACUAUUUUUUUUCCUAUCGCGUCUGUAAUAUUCGUCUUAAUUACAUUUUAUUUUGUCUUCCAAACUGGUAGUUCAUUAAAUCAUCAUAUCAUUGAGAGAUUGAGUCUCAACUUGCGCGAGACAAAGGAUCGUUCUCACCCUGUUUUACGUAGAACGACGGCGCGACCUCGUGGAGCCUACGCCCCGCAAGCCACAUUCAAUACUCAACAAAGAGCGUAGAGGAGGCGAGUAGUACAUAUUUACUUCAGAUUGCUGAAAAAACGCCAGAAAGGAAGAAACGCUACAAAGAACCAGAGUGCACUAGGGGAUUAUCAAUGUCAAGAGCAACAGAGAACAAGUCUAGGAAAUGUCUUCCUCAGAUCACCUUUAAAUUGACCAACUUGACAGAAAAUCUUUAAAAUGAAAUCUCACGGAUGUUGGCUAUGAUUGCAAAAUUGACGUAAAUUUUUAAAAACUAUGGAUUUAUAUGAUGUUUGACGAGAAAAUGAGAAAAUUAUCACAUUUUGAGGAAAAAAGAGAAAAAAAAAUGGAAAUACCUGCGGCAUUCGAUUACUAUCGGUAAAUUCAAAGAGUACUUACAAACGUCUCGAAGCCACGAAGAGAAUUUAAUUAUAAAUUUAGCCUCAAGGUUGCCCUCAAGACACUGGGCACAUAGAAUUUCCUGUGGGAUACUGGGAAACCGAGCUCGAUUGAAUGCAUCGUGUAGAAGCGACUGAAAACGACUGUGCAGAUGAUGAGAAAAAAAAAUGAAAUGAGAGUGAUAAAUUAUGUAAUUACAAUAUUGAUAAAAGUAAGAUUGACUGUGACCUAGAAAUAGAGAGGGAGAGAGAGAAAAAGAGUGUGAUUAACUUAAAUCAGUCAGUCAGUUAUCAUGACAGACUAUGAGAGAAUACGAGUGGUGGUGCUUGGGGGUGCUGGUGUUGGAAAAAGCGCUAUUCUUAGGAGGCUCCUUGGACAAGGAUUUACAGAGAGAUACCGACCCACCGUUGAGGAUCUCUACUCCAGGGAAUGCAUACUGGGAACGCUUACACUCAAAGUAGAUCUGUUGGACACUGCCGGUGACCUUCAGUUUCCAGCAAUGCGGAGACUCAGUAUAGCAACGGCACACGCUUUUUUACUCGUCUAUGCAACAACUUCUCUACCGAGUUUUGAAUGUGUCAAGAGAUGCUUUGAAGAAGUCCGAGAACAGCGCCCUGACUAUCAGGAAGUGCCAAUAGUAGUCGCUGGUAAUAAAGUAGACUUGGCAUUAGCACGAAGGGAAGUUGCAAUAGAAGACGCAAGUGAAUGGCUGUUUUGUCAACUGCCAAAGCUCAGGGCGAAAAUAAUGGAGUGUUCCGCUAAAGAUGACUACAACAUCAAAGAAAUAUUCAGAUGUUUUGUGACACUGUCGAAAAUUCAAAAGAAUCCUACUGGGGAAUUGGAUGAGUCUGGCCUCAGGAGAAGAUGCUCAGCGUACGGAUCUAGAAGUUCCGGAAGCCCAGGAGGAAAAGCAGGAAGCACGGCUGCUGGUAGCACUCAACAAGUUGUUGCAGCUCAAGGUACAAGUUUCAUUGCAGUUGCUGAAGAAGUCAAGAGUAAACCACGCAGCAGAAGUCUCAUAAGACGGGCAUCACGAAAAACAAAACAGCAAAUACGUGAAGCCCAUACCGACGACUGCAAUAUAUCCUAAACGAGCUAUUUCCUUUUUAAUCCAUAAAUAAUGAUUAGUGUUAAAUUGAAAAGACAUAUUAUUUUUAUUGAAUCCAAACAUUUAUCUGCAUUUACGCACGGAUAAUUGUCUAGUAUUAAUAUGGUGGAUGGGCCCCGAGCGAUAACAAGUGGAUCGAUCAAACCGUCAAGAUAAAUAGCUAUUAAUCUACAUUUUAUCUGGUUAACAUUUUAAUGUCCAAGGUUUCUACAGACAGGCCGAAUUUUUUUCUUUUUUAAAUCAUGAGUAGAUUUGAAUUUCAACAUUUUUCCGUCCCCAAAAAUUGUGCCAAAUCAAUGACUUUCUUGUCUUGUUGAAAAAUCAAAAUUAAAACAUUAGUAUUUCUCUUACAAGAUAAUUAUAAUUUUUACUAGAAUUUAUUCUGGAAUGAAAUCUCACCAUCUCUAUUCAAAAUACAAGCACUUUUGUCUUUUCGCACAUUAAACUAAAAAUCAAUGAAUUAACGUUUGAAAAGAGGGCACAAAUUAUUCGUAAAUAUUUUCCGAAAGAUUGUAGUAUUAGAAAAUAAAUUCUAGGAUAUUUGCAAUAUUUGAAUAUAAAUAAUCCCCGUGGUACCCGAGACCAAAAAGAAAGUGUUUACCAUUUAAUGAAAUGAAGUUUAGAUUUUAAGAAAUGAAAUGAAAGAUAAAAAUCAUAUUAUUGUGAUCCCUACUUAUCCCUCAGGUAAUGUGAGUGAGAGCAGUUCUGAGCUAGAAAUUAUUUCAAUUUCAAAGCGUAUUAUUGAGCUAGAUCCUUAAUUUUCAAUACAUAUCCUUAAGGAAUAAAUCGGUAUGUCAGUAUGUUGAUGAAUAUGAAAAAAUACAAUUGACAAGAAUGAUUUAAUUUGUAACAUGUAACAAGAAAGACAAUGAGUGAUUUAAUGAUAUGUCAAUAAAAAUGUUUUUAAUUGUUAA